GUUUUUAUUUUGCUUACUUUUAGGGGUCAAUCAACAUGGCGGACAAAAGUGGGUUGUCUUCGGCUCAGGCCCAAGUGAAAAUCGGUCACUACAUUCUGGGGGAUACACUGGGUGUUGGCACAUUCGGGAAAGUAAAAAGUAAGGGGAAUUCUAUGCAAAUAUGGGGUAUUUUAAGCAUACUUCUGUGCAUUUUACAGCUAAUUAAGCGAAUUGCACGGAGAUUUGUCCUGGUCCUAAAAACAGAAAAAAAAUCAAGAACACUGGCUCAAUAUUCACUAUAAACUAUAAAUUAUAAAUUAACCUACAAGACUUCAGGGUGCUGGAGCUAGGGCAACAGAGUGUAAAACCUUUGUAAAAAUAUAAACACUAUAAAUAUCAUCCACAGAUUAAAGUGAGCAUUCUUAUUUAUUAUUUGUUGCAUUGUUAUUUGAACAGUAAAUGACUGUAUUCAGAUUGCUGGAGCUACAUUUUGAAUUUUAAACAAAGAAACUUAACUCUUUAAACUGAACACAUUAAGCUCCAAAUACUAAAAUUGACAGUAUUGUUUUAUAGAGCUUAAUUAAUGUUUUUCAAUGCUGAAAUCUAAAUAGUGUUUUAAUUUAAUUGUACGAAGUGGCUAUUCGGAAAAUCUAUUCGGACUCUGCUAUCAGAAGUGAGAGGUUGGGACUAAAAAAUGUUUAAAAUAUUAUUGUUGGGUUCGUAAGAUAAAUUUGGUAUCGAUGAAAGAUAAUUGAAUGGAUUAUAUGUGUGUUAAUUUAAUUCUUCAAUUUAACUCAUUACCCGGCAGUGCUACUUCCUUACUUAAUUUAUUUUUCUAAGAAAAGGGAAGCAACUCAGUUUUGAAAUUGAUUAACAUUUUUAAAUAUUUUUUUAAGCUGCUAGAUAUUAAUAAAUGUUAAUGAAUUAAGAACGAAUGCAUAAAAAAAAUGAAUAAGGUUUAAUAAAAAUAUAACAUUAGUGGCGAAAAAAUAAUGAACAAUGGCCAAAAAAUAGAUUUUUGGCACCUCGGACGAACACAUGCUAGAUAUAGACGCGUAGCACACGUAGUUUUAAGUGAAACAAGAUAAAAGCUUCCGGUUUUUAAAUUAAAAUCACGCAGAAUCACCCCAUAGCCGGAAGUCUCGAGGGAAGCGUGAUCUCAUUGCUAUUUUAAAUUAAAAAUAAGAGAGGUGUGUCGCUAUGUGGCGGGAUACAUUUGGAUGCAUCCGUCGAAAACCUCAAAGGACACAUUUAGUCGCAACCGUCGGGAAUGAGUUAACUAAAAUAACUACCACAAAUGACAUCCGAACAGAUUUUUAUCAAAAUGGAUCCGGACAUGCAUCGCCGCUAUUCUGACCCGGGUCCCAAUAGACUAAAUGCUAUUCGGAUGUCAUUUGUGGUAGUUUAUUUUAGCUAAACUGAAUAAUUUAGUUUAUAAACAUACAGUCCAUUCAAUUAUCUUUCAUUUAAUACCAAAUUUUGUCGUACAAACCCUACAAUAAUAUUUUUUAUAUUUUUUAAUAAACCCAACCUCUCCGAAAAUGAAUUGAAAAAAUUCUUGAUAACAGAUAGGCUGCAGAGCAAUCUGGAUCAACCGGACAAGUUUUCUGGACUCCAAAGCCGGGAAUCGAUCCGGCAUAUUUUGAAACCCCAGGGUGUGAAUUUUAUUCACAGCACCAAUAUUACAUCUUGAAAAUUAUUGGUUAAUAAUGUAUUCUGCAGUGGCUGUUUGAGGGUAAAAUUAAAUUCACUAAAACGAUUCUUUACCCUACAAUUCAUUAAAUUAUUAACAAAAUGUUGGUAUAUAGGCGUCAAGAAAGAUAGUCUUUCAAAAAUUAAAAUCCCUAUAAUUAUCAGUUGAUUCUUUUUAAAAAGAAAUAUAAUAGUAAAUUAAGUUUUAAUAAAUUAAGCUAUGCUAUUUCAUUUGUAUUGAUUUCAUGUUACAAAAUUAUAAAGUGAUUGUACCAGAUACCAAAAAUGUCACUUAAUUUACACUCAUGCAGGCCGAGACAAAUUAUGACUGUAUUUUGAGUCUGAUGACAAAAUAUUAAAUGCAUUAACUUACAAAAUAAUGUCUUUGUGACAGGUAAUUGCAUUUUAAUUCCAACCAAAAUUUUCUUCAGACCAUUUUCUCCAGCUAAUGCUAACUAAAUUCCACUAAAAUUUAAAAGUUAAUACCAAACUACAUGAUUUUUAAAAAUAAUUUACGCAAGGGCUAAUUUUUAACUAAUUAUUAAUGAAGGUCCCCAGAAACUAUCAUUUCAUGAUGUAAAAUACUGUAUUUGUAAACAAAGCUUGAAGACCAAUGCAUAUUUGCAGUAAUAGGGUCCAACAAAACAUGUUAUUUUAAAUUUUAGUAGUUGCCAGAUGUAAAGGGUAAAUCAACAAAAAAUACUACUGGAACAUUGUCAGUAUUGGAUGAAUUACUCAUUUAUGUCUUUCUCUCUUUUUUUUUUUCAGUUGCAACACAUCAGUUAACCGGUCACAAAGUUGCUGUUAAAAUCCUUAACAGACAAAAGAUUAAAAAUCUUGACGUUGUUGGUAAAAUUCGUAGAGAAAUCCAGAAUCUUAAAUUAUUCCGGCACCCACAUAUCAUUAAAUUGUAAGCAUUUGUUCUCAAAAUUUUACCUGUUGGUUUCCUAUUUGUGUUAAUAAUCUCAUAUAAUUAAAUUUUCCCUUCAUGCUAAAAUUAUCGCUUAACUAAUAAGAAUUGUUCUAAUGAUCUUAGGCAUGGAUUUGUCUGAAUUUUGAGAUUAUGCAACUGAUUAGAAAUAUUAAAAAUGUAAUCUGAAAGGUUUUUGAAAAAUUUAAAGAUUUUGAUUAACUGCUGUGAACAUUGCACCAUCUGUAAUGAACAAAGGAGUAUUCUGCAAUACCUAAUUUUGACAGAACUGUGAUUUUAAAUAUUAUUAUGCUCGAAAUACAAUCCUUGAUUAUGAACAUGACACCGAAAUCUUUAUAUUUAUAGAAAACUUAUACAUAAAUUUUCAUAAACUGCAGUCACUAUAAAUGAUAUGAAAAAAUCUAGUUUGUAUCACCAUUACAACCAACACUAUGGUCUUGGUGCAGCAUAAUAGUGCCUAGAUUAAGUGCUUAACUAAUUUUAACAUUGUAUCUGAAUCAUUGACUCCAAUUAAAUUUGCACUUACAAUAAAAUAUUUACUCUACAUGAUUAAUUUUGAAAUCUUUUUAAAUGUUUUCCUUUUUUUCAUUUUCAAAGUGUAAGCAGUCCUUGGCUUUAAUAAUAAAUUUUAUAACUUAAAAAAAUGAGUGGACUUUAUCCAUGUAAAUAAAGAACGUAAAGAGAGCGUCUUUACAUUGUUUUUAAAUCUAUUAUUUCAGGUAUCAAGUGAUUUCAACACCCACUGACAUCUUCAUGGUUAUGGAGCAUGUUGCUGGUGGUGAAUUAUUUGACUACAUAGUAAAGCAUGGAAGGGUUAGUGUUAUUAUUUAGAGCAUUUCCCUGUCUCAUCUUUUUUUUAAGCUACCUAAUUACCAACAUUCAAUACCACAUUCUCACUUUGAAAUUUCAUAUUAAAUUAGCUGCAGGCACUUAGAAAAAAAAAGUUUGAUUCUAAAUUCUCACUUAGAAAAAAAAAGUUUGAUUCUAAAUUCUCAUUUCAUAAAUGUCAAUUUACCAGCUUUAUAUAUUUUUUUUCUAUUAUUUUUUUUACUCAUUAAUACAUACUCAUUAAUACCGAAUAAAUGGAUCUGGCAAUGAUUUAUUUCCUACUCCCAAAUAUGGAGGCUGAAAAACCAACGUCUCUGGUGGCAAAUUAAACACUGUCUUAAAAGUGAAGGUAGGAGGACCCGAAAGAGAAUUUAGCUAUGGUAAUAUUGUGUGCAGAAAUUAAGAAAAUAUGUAAAUUUUUAAAAAAUUUUAUUGUCAGUAAGAAUCUAGCCAUGUCUGUGCACUGGGGUAUGAGUUGAACAAAAACCAAACCAUAUACCACUUACAUGCCUUAACAUAGAGUUUUUCCUGUGUUUAUUUCACUUAUUUAGGAGUUUAUAAAAAGUUUGUGUUUAAUCAAAAAUUUGUUGGUUCAUUUAAAAAAAAAAAGUUGAUUGACACAUAUUUAAGAAAACCAAGAUAAAAAUACAGAAUCUACAAUUCAACAAUGCAAAAAAAAGUUGAAAUCCCAUCUCAGAGACUUUCUGUAAUGACCAUAUUUAGGGUCACACUUUUUACCAAAAAUGUAAAUAAAAAUCAUGGGUACGACCUAUCUACUCAUUAAAUUGCUUACUGUUAUUCAGUGGGAAACAGUCAUUUUGCAACCUCAUCCAUAUGUAUGUAGAGUGGAGUUGAAAUGUUUUUUAUUUUAAUUUUUUUUUAUAUGGUAUAAUUUUUCUAACUACAUUUUCAACCAGAUAAAAACUUGAAUAUUUUUCAGCUAAAAGAACCUGAAGCUCGCCGCUUCUUUCAGCAAAUAAUCUCUGGAGUAGAUUACUGUCACAGGCACAUGGUGGUGCAUAGGGAUCUAAAACCUGAAAAUCUGCUGUUAGAUUCAAAUAAUAAUGUAAAAAUAGCUGACUUUGGUAAGACUAAAGUAUAUUUGACAUAAGCUUCAUUUUAUUUUUAAUUUUCUGAAUUAUUAUUUUUAAUGUCUUUCUGUAAAACUCAAUGCAUUUUUAAAUGAAAUUUUUAAUUAAUUAAAGCCUCAUACUUUUAUUAAUCAAUAUACAUAAGAUUUUUAUAAAAAUUAGUUCAAUAAGCUUCACUAUUCUUAAAGGUCUCUCAAACAUGAUGACUGAUGGAGAAUUUUUGCGUACAAGCUGUGGAUCUCCAAACUAUGCUGCACCGGAAGUAAUCUCGGGAAAGUUAGUAUAUAACUGCUUAUAAAACUAUAGAGUAGAAAUUUUAGGCAAUUAAUGGCCUAUAAUUUGUUUAUCUUUAUUUUCUAAAUAAUUUAUUGAGAAGGAAAAAGAAAUAUAUUUCAACUAGGUAACACAAUUGCUCUUAAAUAUUGAUUCAAACUAAUCUAGAUUUUAAAAAAAAUUAUUUAAAAAUAAAAUAAAAUAUCAUUUAUAAAUCUCUAACCCCUUAUCAUAAAAUUUAUCUGUGAUAUUCUUUAGACUCUAUGCUGGUCCUGAAGUUGACAUUUGGAGUUGUGGUGUCAUACUCUAUGCACUUCUCUGUGGCACAGUAAGUACAUAAUAUACCAGUAUGCAUUUUUUUAGUUAAUCUAUCAGAAUAAAACAAGUUUUGCCCCUGUCUGUUCAAUUGUGUUAGUCUAAAAGUGCAUACUGAGAAAACAAGCUGUCUCUUCUUCAUUAAUAUCCUUUUUUUCAUUCUUAAUUUUCCUAAACUGACACACAUUAUUUGUAAAUAAAUGGACAGUUCCAGCAAAGGGUUGAAUUUUAAGGAGAAAAACAAAACAAAUAAAAAUGUAUGAGGAAUAAAGACAGGUCACAAUAAUAUUCUUUGGGGGCAUCCUUGUUAUGCAUGCAAUGAAAUGGGUUUGGUUGGGUAAACAUUGUAAAAAGACUUUGCAUCAGAUUGCAUACAAAGAAUGCUUUAAUUUUUUACCAUAGUUUAUAAUGACAAAUGUGACAUGAACAAAACAUAUUUUUGUAUUCUUCAAAUAGAAUUUAUAAAAUUGUUCCUUUUUACAUUGUGUAAGCUCUCUGUUCACUCCACCCAGGAAUUAAUUCUUCUUUUCAUUCAAAGAAUGUAUAGUGAACACAAUGUAUUUGGGUAGAAAUCAUAUAAAAGCAACAUCUUUAAAUAUAAUGUCCAUAUUGUUUAUAAAAAUAGUUUGGUGCAUUGAAAGUGAAAGGAAAAUUAAUUUUUGUAAAAAGGUGGGCCUGUGACAGUAUGAUAGCACACCUGCGAUGUGGAAGCACACCUCUGAAUCUGUGGUAGCACACCUGUGACACUAUGGUAGCACACCUGCAACAUUAUGUUAGCACACCUGCGACACUAUGGUAGCACACCUGUGACACUAUUAUAGCACACCUACUGCACUAUGAUAGCACAGCACACCUACGACACAGUGGUUGCACACCUGCCUCACAACCAGAGCUUAUGGGUUUCAAUUCAUCCAAGUUAUUCCCAGCUAUGGGCAAAAAGCUGGGUGGGAUUCACUCAGCCUAGCAAUGCAACUAUCCAGCAAUGCAACUAUCCAGCAAUGCAACUAUCCAGCAAUGCAAUUAUCCUUGAUGAGGAGGGAACAUAAAAAAAAAUUAUUUUGUCAACAAAGGAAGAUAGGAGAAGCCUGGGCCUAUGAUUAAAAAAUAUGCAGUCUCGUCUUUCCUGACACUAAAUUAAACAAUCCCUAAAAACAAAGUUUCUCGUAUAAAUCCUUUAUAAAAUGUAAUAUUGAGCGAAUGGUAUGGGGGGCUGAAUAUUUGACUAAACAUGCAUACUAAUAACACACUUCAUAAGAAUCCCAAUUAGUGCUGAAAAUUUGAUAGAAUGUGUUGUCAUCGGCAACAAGUCUAUGUGCCAAGUUUCGGCUCAAUCGGUAGAUUGGAAGUGGAUCAUUGAGCUGUCCAAAGAUUUUGCCAGCGAGCCACGAAAAAAUGCGAAGUUAACAUAAAGCUUUUAAAAAAGAUUUGUAUCUUAAAAAAUAUUAAUUUUAAAAAAAAAAAAAAAUCUUCUCAUCGCCUGAGCAGCUUUCUUUACAUUUGCCUUCUGAAAAUAUCCUGAUGGGUAAAAAAAAACAACAACAAUCAACAAAGUAAGUAUAGAUUGCUGCAUUUUAUGGCUACGCAAUGUAAAUUUAAACACAAAAAUCCUAUAUUUAAUAAAAAGAAAAAUAACAGCAAGUUUCGUUAUGUAUUACACACCAUUUUCUUAUUAUUUAAAAAUACUAGAUGUUUUGUUGUUUUUUUUAAUUGUAAAUGCAAAAUUUCCCAAAUUAUUAACACAUUUGUUAACAUAUUAUGUAUUACACUACUUUUAUUGUGGGUAUUUGAGUUACAUAUUAACAAAAUAUAUAGCUCUUUGGUCAUAUUAUUUAUUGAAUUUUUUUUUAUGGUACAGUGUUGUUACCCAUUGGUGAGUUUGUUGUUAUUAUUAGAAUCUAUGAAAGUGUUUAUUCGCUUUCUUUCAGCUCCCCUUUGACGAUGAGCAUGUGCCAACUCUUUUCAGAAAAAUUAAGUGUAAGCCAUUUUCUAGUAUUUUUAGUUGAACAAUUUCAUAGUCAAAACAAUAUAUUUGAUAUAGUAAAUAUUAAAUGUCAAGUAGCUCAAGAGUUGAAAAAAAAAGAAAACAAAAGAAAUGUGACUUAAACAGUAGACACAACAUCCACUCUUAAUAUCAAAGGGAAACUAAUGAAAGAUUCACUUGUUACAUUUUAAAACAUGUUAUUCUGCAGCUGGUAUUUUUGCCAUUCCCGAGUAUCUCAAUAAGGAGGUUGUGAGCUUGCUGUGUCACAUGUUACAAGUAGAUCCUGUCAAACGUGCAACUAUCAAAGAAAUAAGGUUAGCUUAUUUUAUUAUUGUUUUCUUAAAAAUGUAUAUAUUAUAAUAUAUAACUAUAUACUAGAAAGUUUGAUUUUUUUUUUUUUUUGUGGCACAAAACAACUACCCUUAAUUUUUAGCUUUGCUCUUUGUAAAAAAUAAACAUGAACCUUAUAAGAAUAACAGAUUUUAAUUUUUAAGAUUUAACUCAGACGCUGCACCCAUUAAGGUUAGCUUAUUUUAUUAUUGUUUUCUUAAAAAUGUAUAUAUUAUAAUAUAUAACUAUAUACUAGAAAGUUUGAUUUUUUUUUUUUUUUGUGGCACAAAACAACUACCCUUAAUUUUUAGCUGUGCUCUUUGUAAAAAAUAAACAUGAACCUUAUAAGAAUAACAGAUUUUAAUUUUUAAGAUUUAACUCAGACGCUGCACCCAUUAAGAGAAGUCAGUUAAGAACUGCACCUUGAUUCUUGCUUACGCCAUUAAAUAUAAAGAAAGGAUGAAAAAAAGUGUGUGAAACGCUAAUCAAAAAUAGUAUAAAACUAUCAUUGUUAAUUAUACUGUAACUGUUUAUUAUAUUUCUUUUUUGUCAUAGGGAAACAGAAUGGGUUAAAAAAGACUUACCAGAUUAUUUGUUUCCAUCAUCAGCGGAUCAAGAUGCUUCUAUUGUUAAUACAGACAUAGUGAGGGAGAUUUGCGAGGUCAUUAUCCUAUCCAGAGACAUUGUUUAUGCCAGGGCUGGCUUCAUUAAGUUGAAAUUAUUUUGUGUGUGGGGGUGGGUAAUUGAUUCCACAAAACUGAUUUAGAAACUCUUAGUGCAAUAUUGUUAUGCUUAAGGCUUUGUUUUUUUUGUUUUUUUUGGAAAUACUUUUUGAAACUUAAGUAUGCCAGCUAAGUUAUUAAUUCCCCUAUUUGAACAAUAGUUGGAAAAAAACAAAUAUUUUACAUUUGUUAAUAUUUGAAUGCAAUAUUUUUUUACUCCCAUUGCUACAUAAAUUCAAUCAUAUUUAUGUUAAUAUUUUUACAGAAAUUUAAUGUUGAUGAAAAUGAAGUCCAUAAGGCUCUUCUUAAUGACAAUCCUCAUGACCAACUGUAUAUUGCAUAUCACCUUAUCUUGGAUAAUCUAUUGAUGCAUGAUAAAGGUAAUACCAAGUUUUCGAUAUCAUAUGUUUUAAAAGUACAGUGCGUAUUUCAGAUAAAAGUACAGUGCGUAUUUCAGAUUUAUGAGUAAUUUACCGGGUUGGAAAAAACAAUACUCCUGCAGUGACAUUCAAAAUAAUGACAUAUUAAAAUAUAAUUGAUACUUUUGAGUUGCCAACUGGCAUAAUAAUAAAAAAAAUUUGAGACAACUGACAAUAAUUUGACAGUAAGUGCUAAUAGAUAAAUGUUAACUUGUAAAAGUUUUUUUACCAUUUCUUUUAUCAUUCUAAAGUGUCCAGUGAAUACCAAGAUUUCUACUUGGCCUCUAGUCCUCCACCUGAAGCCUUCAACUUGGUGAGUAGCAGAACGAUGAUGGCCUUAUAAACAUAUAAUAUUAUUUCAGCUGCCUCUUCUUUGUGAUGUGGGGAAAUUAUUGGUUUUUAAAGAAAAAGCAUCUUUGGGCUUUGGGUUAUUGAACUGGUUUAACUCUUUCCAUGCCAGGGGGUUUUCCACGUUUGUGCCAGACCAGCUUUCGGUCAAUUGAAAUUUUGUAGGGUCCUCUUAUCUAUUGAUUAAUUUUGAAUACAUUUUUUUUUAGCAAGAUGGCUGUAUUUGAUAUCAAAUUAAAGGAAAUUAGACAGAGAAUAAUGAUAUUUAACAGCUAAAACAAUAUGAAAACAAUAGUUUAAAAUGUACUGGUAAUAUUAUGAGAUCAAAUUUUAAAAAAAAAUGCGCACCAAAUCUGAACUUACCAGACAACCAUAUGGUCUGUGUAGGUGGUAUCCUAUUCUGCUUCAAUCCUCAGAAAGUUUAUCCAUUUUUUAUCAGGAUGCAUUUUACAUUUUGAAAAUAUUCCAUUUAGUGACAGUUGUACACAUUUUGGGAACAUUAGGAGUAGUUUUUAUCUGAAUCCUCACUGUUGACAAAGUAAGAAAGUGGUUUUGAUAAAAAAACUCAUAACUUUUGAACCACAUGAGCUUGGGUUUUUGUAAUCCAUUCUCAUUCUCUAGGCUGUAUAUUAUACAGCUGUGGUAUUUUUAUAUUUUUAAAAAUGUUUGAAAUAUUUACCAAAGUGCCGACUGUAACCACUAUUAGUAAUACAUUACUAUUACUAUAGUAUCAUCUCCACUAUUUCCAUUGGGAAUUUACCGACCCAUCAGCCCAUCAGAAAGCUGAAAAUCAUCACUUGAAUCAAAUUCAAAUGAUUCAUUUUAUUGUUUGAUGUUUUAGCAUCAAUAAUUUGCAAUAAAAGCGCUCGUGCCUGCAAACUUGACAGCCUACGUGGUCUGUUAACACCUGAUGUACUUGGAGAAGCGUGGCCAUUGCUUUGUUUACAAAAGUUUCAACACAAAAACAAGAAAAAAAUAUCCCAAUAUUAGAAAAACACAUGUAAACAAACACUACUUCUAACAGAAAGGAAGUAGGAAGAGUUAUCCUUCGUUUAAGAGCAUAAAAAGUCGGAUUGAUAGCAGCAGGAAACGAAAUAUACUAAAUUAUUCCGACCAAAUAUCGUUGGUUGGCACAAACGUGACCAGUCAAAUCGACAAUAUAUCGGGGCUUGGCUCGGAAAGAGUUAAUAUAGAUUUAAUGUAAUCUACAAAUAUGCACAUAAACAAUUAGGUUUUUUUUUACAAUUUCACAGGCUUCUAGUCCAUUGAGGCCACAUCCUGAGCGUAUGCCAGGUAAUAUUAUGAUCAUAUUCAUUGCGUUUGUCUUCCUCCCCACACCUUAUAUAACAGCUUGUUCCAAAAUAUUUCUCAGACCAUGGGAAAAUCAUAUUCUCAGGUGUAGCAAGUUUGUCACAUUUACUUGUUUCUUUUUUGUUUUUUUUUACCCAAUUAGAUAGUUCCAAAUUUUUUAAUGUGAGGGACUUAACUUUUCAUUGCUUGAUCAAUGACUGAAAGUUUCGAUCUUAAACUAAUUAAUUUUUAAUUCUGUCCAUUUUGUUUGUCCUCUGCAAGAUGCAUGAAUUGAGAAUAUCCACAGAAAUUAAAGUUUCAUCUUAAUUAAUUGAUACAUGAAUUGAGAAUAUCCACAGAAAUUAAAGUUUCAUCUUAAUUAAUUAUGAAAAACAUCUCAGAAAAAAAUGUUCAGUGGCUCAAAAAUGAAAUCUAAAUUUGACCACUGAUUAUUUUUAAAAUAAAACAAUCUAUCUUUCAUUCUGAUAUUUCUAACUAUUUCUGUUUUAAACAAAUUAUGAAAAGAAAAAGAAGGGAAAAGCACAUUCAUCAUUUGCCCCUUUGAAUGUUAUAGGAAGCCUGACUUCAGAAUUAAAUCUACUAAGUAAUAAAUCAACAUAAAAAAUACACUUUAGUUUAUACAUGAAAAUCAUCUCUAGCUUUGUUGAUUUUGUUUAGUUAAUGCGUGUAAAUUUCUCCUCCUGUCUUGAAGUUGACUACAUACCUUUUUUAUCUGGAGAGCCAAACUGUUGUGGCGUUAACUUUUGAUGUGAUUGAAGUUUGACUACUUUUUAUAAAUCUCAUCAUUUGUGUUUUGAAUUAUUAAAAAAAAAGAUAAUUAUGGCUUGAAUUAGCAUAAACAGUUUAGACUAAUAAAAAAUUUACUUUAAAAUUUAUGCUAGCUCUAUAAUAUUUGGAUAAAAUAUGAUUUAUUAAAGUUGCCUUAUAUAUAAUAUAUAUUUUUUUUUAUUGGAACACUAAGCUCUACGCUAGACAGUGUAUCAUAGAAUUUACUCUCUGAUGUAGUUGUAUAAUACUUUAAAUUGCCUGUGUUUGGAUUGGAAGAUUUGCCAUUGUUUCAGAAAUGAAGAACACCUCUCACACUUUGGAUCCUGUCAUAGACACCAAGAACAGUGGCCAUGCUAAAAAGGCCAAAUGGCACUUGGGUAUGAAUUACACAAGAACUAGACUAUAUCAAUUAUGUAUUUUUAAAAUCUAUUUUUCAAGUCUAAUAUUUUUUUUUAAAUUUCAUUUUACCUACUUUCCUAUAUCCUUUUACCUGCCAUCAAAAGUAAACGUCUCACCCAUCGAAUGCUGUUGAUAUAUUCAAUCAUUCUUCUCCUUGCUAAUUUGCCUAUUGUGUAUUUUUUUUCCUAUGGCAUUUUGGGUACUUCUUGGCAAACAAUUUUUUAAAAAUAUUUUAACGUUUUCAAUGACUUUUUAUGUUUAUGUUUUCCUUAUGUUAAAGCAAAAUUUUGAAUGGUACAUUUGAUUUUAUUGAAUAUUUGUUUAGGUAUUCGAUCACAAAGCAAACCACAGGACAUAAUGCAUGAGGUUUACAGAGCUAUGAAAACACUUGAAUAUGUAAGUGUAGCAUCAGUUUUCUUAAGAAACUUGUUGUUACCGUUACUUAAAUUUAUAAAAAAACGUUGAAUUAUGAUUUAUUUAGUUCUUGAAAUAAACUAUUGUAAAAUUAAAAUUCUGACUCAGGCACAGCGUAAAACACACCUGGAAAAUACCCGGAUGCGCCUAAAGAAAGGGAAACGGUUAUUUUCUACUAUUCAGCAGCACUCACACAUACACGUCAGCUCAGGUUUAUGUGUUAUUUUUGUUAUGUUUAUGAGCUGGGUGAUAUGCUAUUAAUGUACUGAAGCCUUCAACUUUGAUGCAUUAGUGACCAUUACUGGUUCUAUACAUGCAGUUUUGACUUCCUCCAUUGGGUGGAACACAUUUCUCAUUUUUUAUAGUUAAGCCUGAAUUGUAAGAUCCAGACUGGGAUUCGCUGGGAAGGGUCUCAAAAUACCAGUACCUAGACAAAACACUGCAUCCCACCCAGCCCUAAAAUAUAUGAAGCUUAAUUCAUUCAGUUGCUUAUAUAUGAUGUUAGUCAAUUUCUUUUGCAUCUCUUUUUAGGAAUGGAAAGUCAUUAACCAGUGGCAUGUCAGAGUUAGGAGAAAGAAUCCAGUGACACAAAAAUAUGUAAGUACUUUUUAGGUCAGCUCCUAUUUUAAUGACUGAAGUCUGUUGUACUUGUGUUAUUUUCCAUUACUUCCCCUAAAUAGCUUGACAUGUUUGUUUUUUUAUUUAUGUCAUGCUAAGAUCUGUAUGUGUAUUGCUAAGGCCUAAUUAUUGACACUCCCUUGAUAUGUAUGUUGACUUGACACACUUAGACGCGGCUGAGUCUUCAGCUGUACCAAGUUGACCAGAAGAGCUUCCUGUUAGAUUUCAAGAGCCUCAACAACUGCAGUGAUCCCCAGGAGAUGAGCCCGCCAGCGAUCACCACCAGUCCAUCUAACUCAGGCUCUCAGCUUUCCAUUGAUGACCGCAUGGACACGGAUGAAGAAAGUCAAGGCCAAUGUCACCAGACUCUUGAGUUCUUCGAGAUGUGUGCAAACCUCAUAUGCGCCCUGGCUCGAUAGGGUUACUUGAGGUCUUUUUUUUUUUUUUUAAAGUUAUGUUUAUUUUCUUUGAAAACAUGAUUAUUUUCAUAUUUCACAGUUGAUAUGCUGAAGGAGUUUUGUUUCUGCCAAGUCAAACCUUUAUGUUUUGAGAAAGUAAAGUUUUUAAGAAUUAUGUUUCAUAUUUUUCUUAUUUUAAAAAAAAAAAAAAAAAAAUAGCUAUUGAGCUAAUAAAGCAAAAAUGACAAUUUAUGAGUGUUGUGGAAAUGGUAUGGGUUUCAUUGUUUAAAAGACCCUUGUGUGGCAUUGGUUGUCACUGAUGAGUGAACAGCAAAGUAUUACAUAUGUCCUUCAACAAUUUUUUUGAAUUGAUUUCUGUACCCAAAAAUUUGUAUGUAAUUCCUCUAACCUGAUUUUAGUUCUCUCACUAACAGCUGUGAGGUUUUGUGCUAGUUCAGUAUCAUUGUGUUUUGAUGUCACCUUUUUGUAUUUUGUAAUACUUUGUUGGGUUGUUGUUGUUUUUUUUCCCCCAGUAGUUAUCUUGGAGAUUAGUUAUCUUUAACAUGGUGAUGUGUGGUUUCCUCUUUGUAUUGCUGAAUUUGAUGAGGGUUAAAUGACAACAUUGGUUAAUAAAAUGUUGCUCAUCCAGAUUUGCCGUCUGCAUUGUAUGAAAGAGAAAUGAUUUUUUGAAGGGAAAAAAUGGUCUAUAUAAAUAGCUGUUCUCAGGUUCCUUUGUUGAGUGAAGCAUGGUUCUACUUUGGAUUUCUUAGUCAUAUAGCCUGAUGUGAAAGCCCCUUAACUGUGGGAUAGGGAAGUUUCAAACUGUUAUGUUUGUAUGUAAAUUUUACAAACAAGUACUAAUUAUUGGGCUGUGUUAAUGGGCAUUUUGUUAACAGAGUUUUGAUGUAUAUGAUAUUAUAUUAGUUUGAUUUUCUCUUCCACAUUUUAAAAACGUACGCUUUGGAACAAAAAUAAUUUAUAAUUUAAAAAAUAAAUAAAUGAGCAUUGACAAAUUUUAUCAGUUGGCCUCUUUUAAUAAUAAUAACUAAAUUGGGCUCUAGUGUAAAAUAAAUUGAACCCCACAAUUUCCUUAUUGAAAAGGCUCUGAAAUGUGCUUGAAAAAAAAAAAAAAAUAUUUUUAGCAGGAGUUUUUUUUUUAAUGCUACCUGAAAAUGUUUACUGAUUUCUAUGAUAGUGUACACACAACUGUUGACUCCGUCAGCUUCUAUGGUCGAGAGGAGAGAGGACACCUAUAUCAAUUGUGGGGAUAUCACUUGAUACCACCGACUGCAUGAGAAUGUAUGUCUAAUGAAACCGGCCAUAUUUUGGUAUACAGUGCAGCGGUUGCUGCUCGGUAAAAUCUGACAAAAUUAUAAAAAUCACAGAAUUUUAUAGCCCCUAGUUUUACCCUUGACUGAACAAUAAGUCAUAGCAUAUUUCAUAAUUGUUGGUAUAAAAAAACUGCCCUGUACUAAUAGGCGAGAUCAACUUAUAGACAAGUAUAUAUGGUAGGUUAAAAAAAUUGCAAGAGUGAACAUUUUCCUUUGUUCUUUUUUGUUCUUUUUUUUUAUUUUAUAAAUGUAUAUUGAUUAAUAAAUGUCAGUUAUUGAUUUUGAUGAGAAACUAUUUUCUGAUUAUACGAGACUACAAAGUCUGUUUUUUGUUUUAACUGCAGAGCCUGAAUAAUUUUCAUGGAUUUUUCACUUUUGGAAUUAAUAACUACCAUUAUAUUUAAUUGAUAUUUAGAAUUGUUGAGCAUUGUUUCCAUUUAGAAGGUCAACAUUAUGUCUUUCUUCAUUUAGUAAUUUAUUUAAUUUAUGAGAGUUGAAAAUAAGGGCAAUAGGGUUACUAUUACUGAAAGACACAACUCUUUAUUAAACACCUUAAAUCAUUUUAAGGAAGGGAGUAAAAGUGAUGCAUCUGUAGAGCUCAUGUUGGUCAUCUUGUCAUGUUUGAAAGUUGGGUGUUCCACAUAAUGUCUGAGUGAAAGUUUUCUCACAUUUUAAACAUUGAAUAUUUACACAGAAACAAUUAAACUAUAUUAUAGUUCUCAUUACUUGUAAGAUAUUUAUUUGCAGAUUAUGGCUCUCAUUUAAUUUGUAUAUAAAUGUAGAGCAUUAAAAAAAGGUGUUUUUUUGUUUUUUGUUUUUUUUAAUAUAAAAAAAAAAAGAUAUUUGAAAAUAUCAAGUUUUUUUUCUUCAAAUUCUAAUUUCUUUACAAGCCCAUUUACUCUUGUGUUUCACUCAAUUCAUUUUGUGAUAAUGUUUUUAUAUUUUUAUUUCUUAUCUGAUUUCUCUGUAUUUAACUUCUAGGAUACUGCUAGGACCUAAAAUGUAAAGCUCAAUUAUUUUUGUUUCCAAAUGUAGUCUAUACAAUUAUUAUUUUGGUUCUCAUUGGUAUGGAUGUAUGUACAUUAACUGGUAGGAAAGACCUUAUUGGCAUGCUUCAUCUAGAUUUUUUAGGUUUUAAAUAUUUAACAGCAUUUAAAUAGCAUGAGUUAUUGAUAAUCAUGUCGUUUAUAUUCAUAGUUAAAGCAUAGUGUUUUGGGAUUUUAUUUUUAAAAAUUUGAAUAUAAUAAAAUUAUACCUGUCAAAAAAGAUGGAUUAAUUUUAUGAAUGCCACCCAUCGUAAGUUGUUACUGGCUAUUUGUAUUUGUCAGAAACAACAAAAAAUGAAUUUAACUUUAUUUUGCAUUAUUUUUAACAACUUCUUGUAAUAUUUCAUAUAUGAAAUAAAAAAUGAGAAAAUUUUACGUUAAUGGAUGUUAGUAAAUAUUUACUUGAGCAAUGUUAUUUAGUAAAUCAUUUAGUAUAUUUCAUAACGCUACUUCUGGAACUGGAAAGAAAAUUACUUUAUAUUAUAGAAACGUAUUUUACGCUUCAACUUUUUUUUUUUUUUACAUUUAUGAAAAGAUUAUGUAAAGAGAAAUAAAUUCACC